AGAGAGAGAGAGUUAGAGAAGAAGAAGAACCAAUAUACAGUGUAUGAGUCUCUGUACUUUCACAAGCUUCCAAGCUCCAUCACUGCACUCUUCCAAAUCUUUUAGAAUAUUAUUUUCUUUUCCAUCACUUCAUACCCAAUCAUUAUCACCAAAGGACUCUCUUGUGACUGAGAGGUUUCUUUCUCUCAAGAUUUGAGUAGAGUCUACUACCCUUUCGAUGGAUUACGAGCGAAUCGGAAAGACCCAGGUUACUAGCGGCGACGGCGGCUUUUCUCCGGGGAAGUUAAGAACUAUGCUUCUCGGUGUUGAUAGAAAGAAUAAACAAGAACCUGGGUCAAAUCAAAUUCAUGACCUUGCUGCUAGUGGAUCUGAUGAUUGCAAAGACGUUGAUGUUGUUGUGACUGAGAUUACUGAUUAUUCUACUUCUGCUACGGUUCUUGGAGAUCUUCAUGAUUACGACAAUGUGAAUGAGAUUAAGAGCCUUUCUACUGCAUCAGUGUUUGAGUUUCAAAAGGACAAGGUCACUCCAAGAAUGUCCGUUAGAUCAUUCUCUAAACCGGCUCCGUCUAAAUGGGACGAUGCACAGAAGUGGAUCGCUAGUCCGACAUCUAACCGACCAAAGACAGGACAGGUUCAGGCUCAUGCCUCAAAGAAAGGGCCUAGCUUCGGUCGGCAGUCUUCUAUCAAGAUCGUUGAUGAAGAGCCUGAUACAAAGCGAGUAGAUGUAAGCCAAGUGAAGAAGGAGACAGGAGGACACAAGUUUGUUAGCUGGGAAGUUGAUUCGUAUCUCAAACCUGUUGUAACAUCAGCAACUGAAGUUAAUCUCAGCCGACAUGACUCGUCGAUGGCAACUGCAUUUGCUCAACCGCCUUCGACAGCGAGAUCUGUCUCGAUGAGAGACAUGGGAACCGAGAUGACUCCAAUAGCGAGCCAAGAGCCUUCUAGAAACGGGACACCGAUCAGGGCGACGACGCCGAUACGAAGCCCUGUAACUUCUGCACCUUCGAGUCCAGGGAGAGGAGCGUUGAGUAACGAGGAGUUGUCGGAGAAAGAGAUGCAGAUGAAAACUAGGAGGGAGAUAAUGGUGUUGGGAACACAGCUUGGGAAGUUGAACAUCGCUGCUUGGGCUAGUAAAGAGGAAGAUGCUUCCACGUCACAAACUUCUAAGAGUGUUUCUGAAGCUCGUGCGUCCGCGUGGGAGGAGGCGGAGAAGGCUAAGCACAUGGCUAGGUUCAGACGCGAGGAGAUGAAGAUACAAGCGUGGGAGAAUCAUCAAAAGGCGAAAUCUGAAGCUGAGAUGAGGAAAAUGGAGGUGGAGGUUGAGAGGAUAAAGGGACGAGCGCAAGACCGUUUGAUGAACAAACUAGCUGAGAUUGAGAGGAAAGCAGAGGAGAAACGAGCAGCGGCUGAAGCAAAGAAGAAUCGUGAAGCAGCUAAAACAGAGAAACAAGCUGAACAAAUUCGAAGAACAGGCAAAGUACCUUCAUUGUUAUUCUCUUGUUCUAGCUUUUGUUCUUAGUAACCAUAAAAAAUCAAACAAGAACCAUUGAUGUCUUUCUCUCAGUUUUUGUACAAUAAAAUCUUUGUAAAAGUACCUUUUUUUAUUGCCAUCUAUUCAUCUUAGUUGCUUUUUG